GUGAUCAGGGUCACAAGGUGGAUGCGAUGAUGAGGCUCAAGAGGAUGAAGAUGUCGCUGUAUAGCAACAAAUACAAAAUACCAAGCGACUGACUUCAGCCAAGUCGCCAAGUCAUAUGUAGCCAAGCCGGCUGUGACUCAAGCGCCCCGUAUAUAACCGGCCUCCCGGUCGCAUCCCGAUCACCCCUCGACAACACUUAACAACCAACAUCAUCAAAAUGUCUUCCCUGCGAUCGAUCCAUCGCUCCCUCAUCCAUCGCGCAUCUCCAUGCAGUUUGAAGCCUCAGCCCUUGCAUCUUCGAAUAAAUCUCCCGAGCGCAGCCAGGCAGCCGUGGGCCCCCGCAUUCUCGACGGGCGCAGUCUCACUUCAAAAACCGGCCAGGGCGCCGAAUGCGGAUCGGAAAUCCACCCAAACCAGCAACCCAGAAUUGCCAAAAAUCACCCUCGAGGGUCUGGGGAUCAGCAAAAACGUUAGGAUUGUUUUGAUUGUAUUGCUGAGCAUCUGGGGGACUUUUGAGACGUAUUUCUACUAUCAGGCGGUUAUGCGGUGGUGGAGAGCGCGGAAGCAGCCCGAGAACAAGAUGGUCGACCGAGGUGAAGGCUUAUAAAUCUGUAGAUAUUUAACGAUCCUACAUAUUAGUUCUCUAUGCGUCAUGAACUCCCCGCUUCACCUUUAAUAUGCUUAGAACCGGUUUAGCUCAGGCAAUAUAUAUUUUGCACUAGUGCUUGAGACUGGCAGAGCCUAGACAGCUUCAGCGGCGACAAGACCAC